CUUUAAUAACAUGCAAUUCAAAUUAUUUAGCAUAAAUACAUACAAAACAAGCUGUCAUUGAACCAACCAGUACGUGCCGUAGACUGGCGGCGAUAACAGUGUCUUGAGCGCCAGAUAAGUGAAUAAGUACCAAUAAAUAAACUAAUUAAACCAUGUGGAUUAAACGUUUUACUUACGAGUCAUUCAAUAUCAUCUUUGGGAAAAAUAUAGGGCAAGCCAGUCGCACACUUUCCAAUGCGAGUUAUCUGCACAACCCCGGCUCCGAGCCCCUGACUUACGCGACCAUAGGCCAGGCAGUUGAGGCUAGCGCGCAUCGCUACCCUGGCCGAGUAGCCGUGCGCUCUGUGUACGAAGACCGCACCCUCACCUAUGAGCAGCUACUGGCAGAAGCAGAUGCUUUGGGCUGUGCCCUAAGGUCUCGAGGGCUGGAGAAGGGUGACCGGGUGGGCAUUUGGUCGCACAACAACGCUGCUUGGAUCGUGGCGCUGGUCGCGGCGGCGAGGGUCGGCCUUAUCUCCGUAGCUUUAAAUCCAGUGUACGAGAAACCUGAAUUAACAUACUGUAUUAAAAAAACAGAGUUGAAAGCCAUCAUUAUAGGUGAUUCUUUAGAGAAGGCUAACUAUUAUAAGACAAUAGAACAGUUGAUACCGGAAGUACAUCGACAAAAAGCAGGAUCCAUAGAGUCCAAAAUAUUCCCGAGUUUGAAAACCAUCAUCACGUGUGAUAAAAACGCAUUACCAGGAACAUUUACAUACGACUCCCUGGUGGCAAACACGCAUGAUGCAUCACGGUACGGCGCUCAAGUAGAUCCAGACGACGGCGCCAUCAUCCACUUUACAUCUGGAACUACUGGUGAUCCAAAAGCAGCGUUGGACUCGCAUUUCGGAGUUGUGAAUAAUUCUUACUUUAUGGGAAAACGGCAAAACCUACACGAAGGCCAUGAAGUCACGUGUGUUCAGUCUCCGUUAUUCCACGCCCUGGGUUCGGUCAUCACGGUGGCCUCUGCGCUCCGGCACGGAACGUCGCUGGUGCUGGCGGCACCUACGUACAACGUCGAGGCAAAUAUGAAAACUCUGCUAUCUGAGAAAUGUACCGUGGUAAAUGGCACGCCGACAAUGUUCGUGGACCUUGUGUCCCUGGCGAGGAAGAUGGGAGUGAGCACCAACCUGCGCGUGGCGCUGAACGGCGGCGCGCCGUGCAGCCCGCAGCUCAUACGGGACAUUCAGCAACACCUCAACGCCCGCACUGUGUCGAGUUUAUUCGGAAUGACAGAGACUACAGCAGCUGUGUUUCAGUCGCUGCCCGACGACAGCACUGAUGUGGUUGCCGGGACAGUCGGCUACAUACAAGACCAUGUUGAAACAAAGGUAGUCGACGAACAAGGUAAAGUGGUCCCAUUCGGCAGUUCCGGGGAGCUGAUGGUCAGGGGGUACAACACCAUGAUGGGCUACUGGGGGGAGCCGGAGAAGACCAGGCAGGCUUUAGGGGAAGAUGGAUGGCUGCACACAGGCGAUAAGUUUACUCUGAGCGAAGAUGGCUACGGGCGGAUAGUGGGUCGGCUGAAGGACAUCAUAGUGCGCGGCGGGGAGAACAUCGCGCCCAAGGAGAUCGAGGACCUGCUCAACACGCACCCCGACAUCGUCGAAAGCCAAGUGGUAGGAGUUUCAGAUGAGAGGCUUGGAGAGGAGUUGUGCGCGGUAUUGCGUCUGCGAGAUGGUUCCUCUGUUACUCCUGAGGAGGUGACCCGAUACUGCUCGGGAAAACUGGCUAAAUUCAAGAUCCCUAGGCUCUUGAAAGUCACAGACGAAUUUCCAAAAACUGCGUCGGGCAAGAUUCAAAAGUACAAGCUUCGAGAUAUGAUCGAAUCCGGGGCACUUUGAUUUUAUUAUAAACUAAUAUCAGUAAUUUAAUCAAUGCCUAUAUUAUUCUAUAUUAGAAAGGAACACUAUAAGAUAAGCAAGGACCUGGGUAUAUUAUGAAAUCUAAAUUUUAAUAAUAAUAAUUUCCUUAUUGACUAAUCUUUGUUGACUACCGUAACUAUAAAAAAAAUAAGUUCUAUAAUAACACACAAUUUAACUAUAGAUGGUCAAGCAAAUCUUGUCAGUAGAAAAAGGCGCGAAAUUCAAAUUUUCUAUGAGACGAUAUCCCUUCGCACCUAAAUUUUUCAAAUUUGCCGCCUUUUUCUACUGACAAGAUCUGCUUGACCAACUAUAUUUAACAUUUUUAGAGCUGGCAUUGUAAUUGUCAACGAAUUAGGUCACUGUGUUGUGUGAUACACACAUUGUACCUUCAACUGUGUAUGUAUCGAUGUAUACUGAUCAACAUUGUACAACUAAGUAGGUAGUUUCUUAAAGAUGUAUCCUCAAGUCCGCCGCAUUAUAAAUACAACAGUCAACUUAUUUGAAUUAACCCUUUAGGCCAAUUCGAACGUGGACCUGACAUUAAAACGAUGUCUAAAUGAUGUCAGUUAUCAUUCAUUAAUAUCAUAACUCAUUCGCGCGUUGUGCGCGAGACGAACGGGCGAAUUAAAACAAAAUUACUUUAUUUAGAUAUCGUUUUGAUGUUAGGUGUAAGAUUGAAUUAGCCUCUUCUAGUAGCUAAACGAUGUAACUACAGAUCUAAUGUCCUACCUAGUCGUCAAGAAUACCAAUAAGUAACUAGUACCUACCUAUUAUGAGAUUCCUUUAUGGGAAAAAUGUUUAGUAGGUACAGUGGCGGCAUUGAUCACAGUGACCUUCGGGGCGUAGGUCGGGUCAGAAGAUGGUCGAGCUAAACGGCUGAAUCGACAUUUAGCGGUGUUUUACAUCACUACCAUAACCGGAAUGUCACAUCACUAGAGGUGGUCGUCCAUCUUAGAUUGGUUCUGCGCGAGAGCGUCAUCGCAUAUUAUUUUCAGAUCUAUACUCUCAUAUUUGUGAUUCCCUAAUAAAUAUUGUUAUAAAGUGGUGCUCUGGUGUUUUUACUCUUACAGUACAUAUCUGUUGUAGUUAAACCUGUAAUCUUAGUACCUAGUUUUAUUAAUGUAUAUUUAUCAAUUUGUGACGCAGUUUACAUGCAGCUGUUGAGCUCACUAGACUGAUAACAGUGUAUUGUCAUAUGUUUAAUAUGAUGUUUAAAACGGCGCUGUCUGGUUCAAAUAUCAUUAUUAAUAGAAGUGUAAGUCGUUUAGCAUCAAAUGGGUAUCUGCACAACCCCGGUUCCGAGCCGCUGACUUACGCGACCUUCGGCCAAGUUGUUGAGGCCUCCGCUGACCGCUGGCCGGGGCGUGUGGCCGUCCGAUCAAUCUACGAAGACGUCACGC